AUGUCCAGUAAAGACAAGAUUGAAAAACUAAAAUUUCAAGCAGAGUCCUUCUGCCAACAUUUAGGGAAAUACCAGAUGCCCUUUGCCUGGGUUCCCAUAAGCUUAAACAGCUUCUUCAACAUCUCCACCUUUCACAGGGAGGUAACCAAUGUGCAGGCCACAAUUGGGAGAAGCUCUCCCUUGGGUGAGCAAAAGACUUUGUCUCAAUCCAGAAGGCUUUCUGAGCAAGCUCUGUCCUUAGAGGAAAAUGAGGUUGGAUCCAGCUUCAAAACCACCACCAUGAUCAUUAACAGGUUUUUCAAACAAGAGAGAGAUCGCCUGAGCAAGGAAGACUCCUUCAGGUUUCUAGCUGACUACAAAAUGCCUUCAUCCUUGCAGAGAAGAGUCAAGUCAAUUCCAGGCUUGCUUAGACUGGAAAUUUCUUCAGCUCCAGAGACACUCAACUACUGUCGGACUCCUGAAAUGUUGCCAGUGAGACCAUUUUCCGAAAACCAAACAUGUCCACACAAAGAGAUCUUGGAAUUCCUGAUCAGGGAGGUAUACAUCCCUCAUACUGUGUACAGAAACCUCCUGUAUGUCUACCCACAGAAGCUGAACUUUACCAACAAGCUGGCAUCUGCCCAGAACAUCACACUCAAGAUCCAGUUCAUGUGCGGAGAGGAUGCUAGCCACGCAAUGCUGGUCAUCUUCGGAAAGCCCAGUGGGCCUGAAUUUCUGUAGGAAGUGUACACAGCCAUGUGCUUUUGAAACAUAUCUCCUUACUUUUAUGAAGAGGUGAAAAGUAAGCUUCUGGCGAGGGUCACAGCACACCACCACCUCGUCUUCACCUUCUGCCACAUCAGCUGUCAGCAGAAGCAGGGCACUUCCAUGGAAAGCCUCCUGGGCUAUUCGUGGCUGCCGAUUCCCUGAAAUGAGCAUCUUCAGAUGGGAUCCUGGUGUCUUCCAGUUGCCUUGGAGAAGCUACCUCCCAAUUACUCCAUGCAUUCUGCCGAGAAAGUCCCUUUACAGAAUCCUCCCAUUAAGUGGGCUGAAGGACAUAAGGGAGUGUUUAAUGUUGAAGUACAAGCUAUUUCCUCCAUGCACACCCAGCUGAAGCUCAGCAUCAUCUGCCUCAACUCCUCCCGCCUGGAGCCUCUGGUGCUCUUCCUGCACCUGGUGCUCGACAAGCUCUUCCAGCUGUCUGUGCAGUCCAUGGUCAUCGCCGGCCAGACAGCCAACUUCUCCCAGUUUGCCUUUGAGUCCGUGGUGGCCAUCGCCAACAGUCUCCACAACAAUGAGCAGGCAGAGAAGAUCAACAUCAGCCUGGCCUUCUUGUAUGACCUCCUCUCCCUCAUGGACCGUAGCUUUGUGUUUAACCUCAUCAAGCAUUACUGCAAUCAGCUCAGGAAUGACCAAUUUCCAGGCCUCAGUGAGAACUUGAGAUGGAAGAAAGAGCAGACACAUUGGCGGCAAGCUAAUGAGAAGCUAGAUAAAUCAAAAGCAGAGUUAGAUCAAGAGGCCUUGAUCAGUGGCAACCUGGCUACAGAAGUGAAUUUAAUCAUCUUGGAUAUGCAGGAGAAUAUUAUCCAGGCCAGCUCGGCACUGAACUGGAAGGAUAGUCUGCUGAGAGGCGCCCUGAGGGUCCUGGUGAACUCUCUGAGCUGCAAUCAGAGCACGGCUUACCUGACUCAUUGUUUCACAACACUCAAGCUCAUUGCCAAGUUCGGGGACUUACUGUUCGAGGAGGAGGUGGAGCAGUGUGCAGACCUCUGCCAGCGCAUGCUGCACCACUGCAGCAGCAGCAUGGACGUCACCCGGAGCCAAGCCUGUGCCACCCUCUACCUACUCAUGAGGUUCAGCUUCGGAGCUGUCAGCAACUUUGCAAGAGUAAAGAUGCAGGUAACCAUGUCUCUGGCAUCUUUGGUGGACAAAGCACCAGACUUUAAUGAGGAUCUGAGAAGAUCCUUGAGGACAAUUUUGGCCUACGCAGAAGAGGACACAGCCAUGCAGACCACUCUUUUCCCCAUCCUGAAGCUUCUGUGCAAUCUGAAUAGCAUUUUAUAUGACAUGGUGAAAAUGAAGGAAUUUCAGGAAGAUCCUGAGAUGCUUAUGGACCUCAUGUACAGAAUUGCCAAGAGCUACCAGACUUCUGCUGACCUGCAGCUGACCUGGCUGCAGAACAUGGCAGAGAAGCACACCAAGAGGAGGUGCUACACGGAGGCCGCCAUGUGCCUGGUGCAUGCAGCUGCCCUGGUGGCUGAGUACCUGAGCAUGCUGGAGGACCACAGCUACCUGCCCGUGGGCAGCAUCAGCUUUCAGAACAUCUCUUCCAACAUACUGGAAAAAUCUGCAGUCUCUGAUGACACCCUGUCACCAGAUGAGGAUGUGUGCUCGGGCAGGUACUUCACAGAGAGCGGCCUGGUGGGCCUUCUGGAGCAAGCCGCUGAGCUCUUCAGCACGGGGGGCUUGUAUGAGACAGUUAAUGAGGUGUACAAGCUGGUCAUCCCCAUCCUGGAAGCGCACAGAGACUUCCGGAAGCUGACCUCCGUUCACAACAAGCUGCAGAAGGCCUUUGACAGCAUCAUAAACAAGGUAGGUACUGAUCCUCACCAGAAUGUAAAGAGAAUGUUUGGAACCGACGUCCGAGUUGGUUUCUAUGGAUCCAAAUUUGGGGAUUUGAAUGAGCAGGAAUUUGUAAAAGAGCCUACAAUUACCAAACUUCCUGAGAUCUCUCACAGACUAGAGGCAUUCUACAGGCAGUGUUUUGGUACGGAAUUUGUGGGAGUGAUCAAAGACUCAACACCAGUGGACAAAACCAAGUGGGAUCCUAACAAAGCCUACAUCCAGAUCAUAUUUGUGGAGCCCUACUUCAAUGAGUAUGAGAUCAAAGACAGGAUGAACUACUUUGAGAACACCCUCAACUUGCAACAGUUCAUGUACCCAAUGCCCUUCACUCUGGAGGGGCAGUCCCACGGUGAAGUGCAGGAUAGCACCAGCAGAGCAGUCUUCACUACCGUGCACACCUUCCCCUGCAUCAAGACCUGCAUUGGCGUCCAGAAGGAGGAGUUUGUGUUCACACCAGUGGAAGUUGCCAUUGAAGAUAUGAAGAAGACGACCCUGCAGUUAGUGGUUGCCAUUAAUCAGGAGCCACCUGAUGCAAAGAUGCUUCAGAAGGUGCUACAAGGCUCAUUGGGAGCUACUAUGAACCAGCACAAGUGGAUUUCCCGACAAAAAUUCUGA